AUUAUAUUUGCUUAAAUUGCUACAGUAAUUCAAGGGAAAGCCCUGUCUGGACUCAGACUUACAGUGGAUUUUUAAGAGACUCGGUUAAAGAAUUUAGGAAUUUCUGAUUCAUUUAAAGGAUUUGCAAAUUCAUCAACCCCUGAAAACUAAAGCAAAUUCAACAGGACAGAAAAAAGAUCAUGGGCUUUCUAAGUCUAGUAUGCGUCCUUUUCUUCUUUUUGGAAGUAAAAGUAUAUUGCCAAUAUGAAGCUUAUCAAUGGGACGAAGAUUAUGACCAAGAGACAGACGACAAUUACCAAACGGAAUUCCAACUUCAUGAGAAUGUAGACUAUGGAGUUCCUUCUUAUCAGCACCCUCUGGGCUGUGCUAGUGAGUGUUUCUGUCCAGUUAACUUUCCGUCCUCGAUGUACUGUGACAACCGCAAGCUCAAGUCCAUCCCCCAUAUUCCAGUGCAUAUUCAGCAACUUUACCUUCAGUUCAAUGAAAUUGAGGCUGUGACUGCAAACUCGUUUAUCAAUGCAACCUAUCUUAAAGAAAUCAAUCUCAGCCACAACAAAAUUAAAUCUCAAAAGAUUGAUUAUGGUGUGUUUGCUAAACUUUCAAAUCUACUACAACUUCACCUAGAGCAUAACAAUUUAGAAGAAUUUCCAUUUCCUCUUCCUCAAUCCUUGGAAAGACUUCUACUUGGUUACAAUAACAUUUCCAGCCUGCACACCAAUGCCAUGGAUGGGCUCAUAAACUUGACCAUGCUUGAUCUCUGCUAUAAUCGUCUUCACGAUUCUAUGUUUAAAGAAAAUCUCCUUGCCAAAAUGGAAAACUUAAUGCAGCUCAACCUAUGUCAUAACAGAUUAGAAUCGAUGCCUCCCGGUCUGCCUUCUUCACUUAUGUAUCUGUCGUUAGAAAAUAAUUCAAUUUCUUCUAUACCAAAAAGUUACUUCAAUGCCCUUCCCAAACUUCAUGCUCUGAGAAUGUCACACAACAAACUACAAGACAUACCCUCUAAUAUUUUUAAUCUUUCCAACCUUGUGGAGCUCAACAUUGGCCACAACAAACUGAAGCAAGCAUUCUAUAUUCCAAGAAAUUUGGAACACCUAUACCUAGAGAAUAAUGAAAUAGAAAAUGUCAAUGUUACAGUGAUGUGUCCUUCUACUGACCCCCUCCAUCAGCACCAUCUAACAUACCUUCGUGUGGACCAAAAUAAGCUAAAAGAGCCAAUCAAUCCAUAUAUCUUCUUCUGCUUCCCUCAUAUACACAGUAUUUAUUACGGUGAACAAAGAAGCACUAAUGGUCAAACAAUACAAAUGAAGACCCAAGUCUUUGGGAGAUUCCAAGAGGAUGAUGACAGCACCGACCAUGACCCUGAUGGUACUCUUGAGAGCCAAGAACACGGAGAAACAGAAGAGCACUUCGACCCUCACUAUUAUGAAAUUUAAGAAUGGCACAUAACUAAAUAGGUAUACACUUGUGACUUCUUAAAACCUUAAUACUCAAUAUAAACGAAACUUGUAUCAGUCCAAGUAACCUAGAAUUACAUGCUGGUAUAAGAGCAGAGCUGAAGUCACUGGAGACUGCAUCGCUAAAUAGGAUUCGAACCCAUUCUCAACGACACAAAUCUUUAGAAAAACAAAAACUAAGCUUUGUUUCUUAAACUCUUUUCAAACAUAGAAAUAUCAUCAUGUUGAGCAACAAAGUGAGUAGGCUGUCUAAGAAUGAUGAAAGAAGCAGCGUCAGCAAUGAAGACACUUGAAGCCAUGUCCUUUCCAUCACUAGGAGGGAGUGCUGGAAUGCCAGGAGGGCAUAUUAAUGUAACAAGCAGCCAUUGAAUUAAGAAACAGAUGAUGUUCUUUCACCUAAUGUCUAGAAAACACACUGGUGUGGUGUAAUCCCAUCACUGAGACAUCAUCCCUUUUGAUUUACUAGAGCAUAGAAUAUUUUUGAUUUUCACAUAAGCAUUCAAGGCAUACAGUAUUCAUGAAACUAACUAAUUUUGUUUUUCUCUCAGAACACCAAUGCAACGACAUUACAAACUCAACAUUUGCAUUCCAUUUUAACUGGGAUAAAUGUUUUUCUAGA